AUGGCUCCCUUCGCCACCAUCUACACCUACCCCAACAACAUCCGUGUUCAGCGGGCCCAAGCCGUCGCCAAGCUCAACGGCCUCGAAGUCCUCGAGGACAGCGACUUCAAGCUCGCCACCCCUUCGGACCCCAAAUGGGCCGCCAUCCUCGCCAAGUUCCCCUACGGCAAGGUCCCCGCCCUCUCCACCGCCGACGGCUCCCUCAACCUGACCGAAGGCCAAGCCAUCGUCCGCUUCCUCGCCGACUCCGGCCCCAAGGCCGAGCAGCUUCUCGGUCGCACCGCCGUUGACCGUGCUCUGAUUGAGCAAUGGGCGUGCUUCUCCGAGCAGGAGCUCCUGGCGAACUUGUACCCGUGCAUGUUGAUGGUCAUCAGGCCGGAUAUGGUGCCGUAUACCCCCGAGGGGUAUGAGUCUGCUGCUGCCAAGUUUGAGAGGGCGGUGAAGAGAGUGGAGACGGAGUUGGCGAAGGGCAAUGGCAAGUUCUUGGUUGGUGAGGAGGUCACGGUUGCCGAUGUGAUGGUUGCUGGCGCCUUGAUCUUGGCGAGCAAGUGGUUGUUGGAUGCCGAGAUGAAGAAGAACAGCGCGCCCAGUGUCGAGGGAUACCUUAACGGUUUGUUGGAGAUUCCUGAGCUGAAGGAGGCGUUUGGCGAGAUUGUUACUGUCCAGGAGCGCGUCCGUCCCAAGACCGAGUAA